GCUGGCUACCCUUGAGAGGGAGUGAAAACUUCCUAAUCUUGACCUAUGAAGAACUUCUGCAAAAUCUUCAGGGAAAUGUGGAGAAGAUUUGUAACUUUUUGGAAACAAAUCUGACAGAGGAGGAAAUAAACUAAGUGACAAAGAAUGCUUCCUUCUCUGUCAUGAAAGACAACAAAAUGUCCAACUAUUCAAUCAUACCUGAUUAUUUGAAGAUUUAUGGCCUAGGAAUUUUAACAAGAAAAGAUAACUUCAGGGCACUGUGCCAAUACCGGAUGCAAUGAGAAGUCAUGCUUUCUAUCUAGUGGAUCCAAUACUGGUUGGGUAAAGAGAAUGAGACUGGGCCAGCCUCGACAAGGACUUGAGAACAGAAGUGCCAACAUUCAAGGUUCAGUUGAUAAUUUGGAAAAGAAAGUUCAGCAAAUUAAAAUGUUAAAAGCCGAAGACAUCUCAACAGAAUACAUAAAGUUUGAGGGAAUCUUCUUUCCCCAGUUUUGUGGAAUAAAGGACCUCAAAUAUUGUCGGGAUGAGUUUGUGGUGAGGGAAAAUGAUAUCAUUACAAUGAGCUACCCCAAGUCAGGAAUCCAUUGGCUUAAUGAGAUCAUCAGCCUGAUCCACUGUAAAGGGGACAAUACCUGGGUUCAAUCCACCCCUAUCUGGAAUCGCUUCCCAUGGCUAGAAGUAAAAAAUAGCUCAGAGUUUCUUUGCAAUAUAGAGCAAACUAGACCACGGUUUUACAGCAGCCACCUACCCAUACACUUCUUCUGCAAAUCCUAUUUCCACAGUAAGGCCAAGACAAUUUACAUCAUGCGGAAUCCUAGAGAUGUGGUUGUUUCUUACUAUUAUUUCACAAGACUGAUGAAAUUUUAUGAUACUCCAGAAAGUUUUUCCCACAUGUUUGAGAUGUUCUCUCAAGGAACUGUGCCUUAUGGAUCCUGGUUUGACCACAUCAGGGGCUGGUUAUCCUUGAGAGGGAAUGAAAACUUCCUAAUCUUGACCUAUGAAGAACUUCUGCAAGAUCUUUGGGGAAAUGUUGAGAAGAUUUGUCACUUCCUGGGAACAAAGCUGAAGGAGGAAGAAAUGAACUUAGUGAUAGAGAAUGCUUCCUUCUCUGUCAUGAAAAACAACAAAAUGUCCAACAUGUUAAUACUGCCUGACUAUUUGAUAGAUCACAGCCAAGGAAGCUUUAUAAGAAAAGGAAUCGCUGGAGACUGGAAAAACCACUUCACAGUGGCUCAAAGUGAAGCCUUUGACAAACUUUACAGGGAGAGGAUGAGAGAGCUGGACUCAAGUCUGUUCACCUGGGAGCACUGCUGAGGGACUGAAGAUUUGAUGUUACCUUUGAUUCUAAAUGUGAUGGGUGGCUGGGCAACUUCUUCUGUGUCUUUAGGUUAACUGGGUCCAAGUAGCCCUUGAUAAAACAUGGUUAGACAAAAUACUGAGGCCAAAAUGGAGGCUUUCCCUUUGUUUGCUUGUCAAUGACUCCCAAGCCUGAGUCAGAGACAAUGACUUUCUUUCCAUUCUGCAGCUCUUCUUUUCCUAAAUCAUAAUACGUAUUAAAGGAAUCAUUACCAAAACCAGGGAAGUUCAAGAUUAAACUAAUCACUUCUGGGAGGUCCACA